AUGGCUGAGGAAGUCUGGACGUGCUGCCCCAGGGGCUGGGAGCUCUUUCAGGCCAGCUGCUACUACUUCUCUAAAGACUUUAUGACCUGGGAUGACAGUGAGAGGAACUGCACAGGGAUGGGCUCCCCCCUGGUGGUAAUCAACACAGGAGCUGAGCAGGGUUUCAUCUUCACUCGGGUAAAUGGAACAGUUACAGGCAGCGAAGGAAGGAAUUACUGUAUUGGUCUGACUGAUAAGAACAAGAAAGGCCAGUGGUGCUGGGUGGAUGAGACUCCAUAUAACGAUACUUCAGCGUUCUGGAGACCUGAGGAACCCAGUCCUCACAACAGUGAGAACUGUGCUGUCAUGUAUGUGCCAGGAGAACAAAAUUCACAUGGUAAUAGGAAUUGGAAUAAUGUCCCUUGUUCCAGUGCAUAUCAUCAAAUUUGUGAGACUGCAAUGCUUAGAUUUUGA